CUCGUCGUCGCAGGCAGCUUCGCGACGGCAUACGCUUGUCUGAGGCCUAGCUCGCGAGUACCUGCUGCAUCGAACAAGUCCCAGUCGAAGCUCGAAGACCAAAGGACACCUCAGAGUGUAUCGUAUCGACUGCAAGGGAUCUCCUCCUUACCUUGGAGUGCACCUCAAGGAUCCGUGGGACCUAACGUCUUCCGUUCUCCUGAGCUCAGCGAUGUUCAUGAGAGUUGCCCACUAUACCGGUCUUCCAGCAUCUAUUUUCAUCUCUCCCCCGAUUCGCAGUCCCCGCGUGCCGAUGCCGAUGCCGAUGCCUCUUUCGUUUAUCGGCAAGCUCGUUCUUCCUGGGCUUCAUUGGCUAGACAAACAUACUUCGAUGAUGCCGAAGUCAGUGCCGUUGUGCCCCAUAGUGGGUGCUAUGUGGUCGCAGAUUGCGUUGUCACGAUGCCCCUCGAUGGUCGAUGUCUCCGGAAAUCCCUCUGGGGAACGAGCUUCUCGACAUGUGGCUGUGAAGCUCAGUUGUGGCGUCCACUAUGUCGUGCGUUGAUGAGGAUGGACCCUCCGCUCGCAACCAACAUAUCAUGUUCAACCCCUUCUUUGUGCGGACCCCGCAACCUAUGUACCAACGCGCACCUCUUCUAUCGCGAUGUGUUCGUUUCCUCACGCAUCUCUGCAAUUUCGACUCAGUGUAAUUGCAACGCAAUGCCUCGCACUACAUGUUCUCUAUGCCACCAGGGUUGCGACGUACUUUCUUUCCUGGCGUCAUGCCGGCCCGAGCACACACCGCCUCCGUUUCAGAUGGUGGCAUCGACACUUAGCCUAUGUGUUCG